AUGCUUGCUUAUAACACAUCCGUUCAUUCUACUACACAUUACACACCUCACGAGCUUAUGUUUGGGAGUAAACCAUACAUUCCUAAUUCCAUUUAUAACGAAUCUCUAGGGGCUACUUACCCCGAUUAUGUCCGCAUGUUGCAAAACCGGUUGAAACACUCCAGAGAGAAGGCCUUAGAUUUUAUAAGGAAGUCAAAGGAAUCCUCAAAAUCAUACUAUGACACCCAUACUCGACCAGUUAAAUAUAAAGUCGGCGAGUGUGUCUAUAUAAAGAACCAUUUGAGAUUGCGGAAGGCACUCUCCCCUCUCUGGAAAGGCCCCUAUAAAAUAGUUAAAGUACAUAGUAAUAAUACACUUACCCUACUAAUCAAUCGACGCCAUGUCACGCAUCACUUCGAUCAGGUGAAACCUGCAUCAGAAAUCGGAAGUAACCUGUAA